AUGGACCCGACCUUACGCACUUUUUGCAUUAUUCCUCACGAGGCUCGCUGUACGGACUUCUUCGAUGGCGUAUUUGAAGAUGGUUUGGUGGUACGGCACGACCAGUGCUCAGGUCCCCAUUUCUUUUCGCACGUGUUGAGCCCGGCCCACGACGCAGUGGGACACGUGGUUGAUCCCCUACUCGCAAGGCUUCGGGACGGCGGAAAUGCUGCCCUGGUGGUUGUGUUGCCUGAAGACGAUGACGAGGGAGGUUGCGGCAGCAAAAUUAUAAAAGGGGCUGUAAAGGCAGCGGGAGAGAAGCUGGAAGUUGCGAUGGAUCUCUUUACACGGUUGCUGUCAGCAGUUUUUACGGGUGCUCAGCACCCAUCGCAAGUACUGGUAUCCGCGAUAUCGUUCAGGGUGAAGGGGACGAAGGCUCGGGACUUAUUGAAGCAGCAGGAUAUACAUUGGUGGGAGGAGGUGCAGCGCUUCGACGUGAAUUGUGGGGGAUUAUCCUCAGAGUGGGGCGCGUUCGUGCAGCUCAUCCACGAGCGGCAUGUGCAUCUGAUUCGAGGAACGUUGCAGCGGGAAUCGGUUUUACUGCUUCGGAUUGAACUCGAAGGUGGUGGUUCACUUGUGGUUGCCGAAAUGGGGUGCGACUCUGGGGCUUUGCUCCAGUUGUCUUUGUUGCUGCGCAGCGGUGGUGUGGGUAAAAGCCAAACUUUUCAGUCUUGCAAGUUCUUCACUUCCGCAAUGCGUGAUUUCAUUCCACCUGCCGCUGUGACCCACCUCGUAGCUAUUCCUGAUCCACAGCCCGCUCCCCGUGGAAGUUUGCGGCUUAUUCGGUUUAUGUCGGUAAUAUACUACACCACCGCAGAGGGAAGGCUGCGACGAAAACAGGUGGGUGCUUCUGGCGGACCUUCGCUUUCCAGUAGUCAGGUUUUGCUUUCUGCCUCCAGUUUUGGGCCCUGUGGGGCGGAUGAUUCCGUGAGAGGGGCGCGACAGCUGGAGCGAAGGGAGAGUGGUCAGAGGUGCACGCAGAUACCUAGAGGGAUAGAAAAUGGCAGCUAUGCGAGUUGCCUUCACAAACCUUCGGACAAGUCAUCUACUGCGCGCGGUUCAUGUGCCGGGUCGCGUGACGCUACAAUGAAAGGGAAGAUUAGUGCGGCUGCCUCACCCGAAGUGCGAGAAACAGAAAUCAAUGUCGGUUCAUCCAAAAAGCCGAUGCCAAAAGGGGAAGUUUUAUGCGACGACACGAAUUUGAUGGGUGAUGUCCUCACCCCAGGGGAGAAGGUGGAUAAAAGGCAGAUUCCGGCCAUGUGCAAACCCCCCAAUCACUCAGUGCAAGUUAACCGGGAAGAUAUGAAAAUUCCCACUGCAGAGGGAUCGUCGAAUGGAGAGGAGGGUAUGGACCGUGUGAGGCAGGUGGUAUCCAGUUUAGUUCUUAGAGUUGGGAAACUGGAAGAGGGUCAAGGUGCGCUUCGGCGUGCAACCCAGGAAUGGCAUAGCAAGUUGAAUGAGGCUGUCAAAGCUAAUCAGCGGCUACGGGAACGGCUGCAGUGUGGGGAAGGGAAUAAUCCCCUUUUUAGUGCACCAGUUGAAGGAACAGGUGAAUCGAUCCCAAUAAAAGACGCUGUGCGCAGUCCUGAAAAAAAGGUGAGGGGAAGCGACCUUAAUUUAACCCGCGACCGCGACAACAACUCGGCACUCUCGUGGGCACUUGAGGAGCUCCGUCAGAGGAAUGCAUCACUUGAACUGAAGCUUCGGGAAGUCCAACGGAGAAGUGGGUGUAGCAAUGCUGCCUGUGAUGGCAACCCUGUCGCAAUGAACUUCGCUACUGGACCAUGCGAUACCGUCGAGGCUGUUGCCACUUCGCUCACAGGCGGAUGCAAGUCUCUGCUUGAUCAACUUGGGAAAAUGGAAAAAGAGCUAAAAUGCCGGGGAGCUUCCGGCAAACUCCGGCAGGAAAAGUGCCAACUUUCAGAGUGUUCCCUUCGUGAGCAUAAGGAAGCUGUUAUUGCCUUACAGAAUUCCGUGAAUGAUAUAAUUAAACGGCGUUACGAAGGUUUGGAAAGUUUUGGGACGGCAAUCCCAGUAGCGCAGACAGUAGAAGACUUUGAUAAAAUUUCGGAUAUUCUAACUUUUGAAUUGGAACGUGGCGCGCACCUUCGUGCAUUCAUUCCUACAUUUGCCUUGCUCGCAAUGGCCGUUGAACGGCUGCGUCUAAUCACGGAAGCGGCUGAUAGUUGA